UGCUUUUAGCGUAUUCAUAUCUCGCUGUCGGUGUUCUCACAACACGAAUGCCUGUAUUCGCCAUCUCAUCGGUGUGUGUGCAGAGAUCAACGAUCCGAUAUCAGUGCAAGUACGCGCGAAGGCUCGCUCAGGUGACGAGGCUGUGGAGUACAGCAAGCUUAAGAAGGUGCAACGGUUAGGAGGGGGUAACUAUGGAGAGGUGUGGUGUUGUAUCUUAACGGACGCGUCAGGCCACCACACAUCGCCUGUGGCCAUAAAGGAGCUGAAUGCUACCUACAGCCUGGAUUCAGUGGCUGUGGAGGUGUUCAUGCAGGAAGCGGUAAGGCCUGCGUAG